UCCCAUCGCGAUUCUUCAUUGGUGUUGGUGAGGUGACAAGUGACGAUCGAAGAACUACUUGAUCCGAAUAUAAAAGUCGAUUUUUUUCAUUUGUGAGUGAUUGUGUGAGUGCAGGGCUAACUGGGAUUUAAGUUUGUUAAAAAUGAACGGAAUCAACGGCCACCACGCCAACGGCGGCGACUUGAACGGCUGCGGCGACAUAAUCACCCAAAACCAGCAAAAGGGCUGUUGGACAAUCGGCCUCAUCAACUCCAAACACCGCUACUUAACCGCCGAAACCUUCGGUUUCAAAAUCAACGCGAAUGGGGCUUCCCUCAAGAAGAAACAAAUCUGGACUUUGGAGCCCGAAAAUUCCAAUUCCAGCGACAGUCUGAUCUACUUGCGCUCCCAUUUGGGCAAAUACCUCGCCGUCGACUCCUUCGGGAACAUCACCUGCGAGAGCGAGGAGAAGGAACCGGGGAGUAAGUUCCAAAUCAGCGUUGCGGAAGAUGGGAGCGGCCGCUGGGCCUUCAGGAACGUGGUCAGGGGGUACUUCCUGGGGGCUACCUCAGAUAAGCUCACUUGCACAGCCAAAGUACCCGGAGAUGCCGAAUUCUGGCACAUACACCUCGCCGCAAGGCCCCAAAUGAACUUACGCUCGGUGGGGCGCAAGCGAUUCGCACAUUUAUCCGAAAAUCUGGACGAAAUCCACGUCGAUGCCAACAUCCCCUGGGGGGAAGACACCCUUUUCACCCUUGAAUUCCGACAAGACGAGGGCGGAAAGUACGCCAUCCACACUUGCAAUAACAAGUACUUGUCACUCGGAGGAAAACUUGUGGAUACUUGUAACAAGGACUGCCUCUUCACUGCCGAAUACCACAGCGGGCAAUUGGCCCUCCGCGACCGCUCCGGGGCUUAUUUGAGCCCCAUUGGGUCAAAGGCCGUACUCAAAACCCGGUCUAAUACUGUCACGAAAGACGAACUUUUCUCCUUGGAGGAUUCCCUCCCCCAGGCCAGUUUCGUCGCAGCGUUGAAUUCCAAGUUUGUUUCUGUUAAACAAGGUGUCGACGUCACCGCCAAUCAGGACGAAAUCUCCGAUCACGAGACCUUCCAAUUGGAAUUCGAUUGGACCACAAAACGAUGGUACAUCCGCACCAUGCAAGACAAAUAUUGGACUUUGGAAACGGGCGGUGGUAUUCAAGCCGCCGGCGAUAAACGUUCCUCGAAUGCUUUAUUCGAUUUGGUGUGGCAGAAUGACGGUUCGGUGGCAUUUCGUGCGAAUAAUGGAAGAUAUGUGAUGACGAAAAGGUCGGGUCAUUUGUAUGCAACGUCAGAUACGAUCGAUGACAAUUGCAAGUAUUUUUUCUAUUUGGUCAAUCGACCGAUUUUGGUACUCAAGUGCGAGCAAGGGUUCGUGGGGUACAAGUCGGCGAGUAGUCCCAAAUUGGAAUGCAAUAAAGCCACCUAUGAGACCAUACAAGUGGAGAGGGGCGAAAAAGGAAUGGUUCACUUCAAAGGCCAAAACGGCAAAUACUGGCAUGUCGAUAGCGAAGGCGUCACUGCCGACUCUGACACCCCUGAAGGUUUCUACUUGGAGCUCCGCGAACCCACCCGUCUCUGCAUCAAAACCUCGAAUGGGAAUUACCUAACAGCCGGUAAAAACGGUUGUUUCCGCUUGGGGGAUUCCUCGAUCGAGAAUGCCACCCAAUGGGAGUAUUAAUACGGUUUUUGUUCGUCUAUUUAUUGUAUUUAUGUUAGUUUUUACGCUCCUAUUAUUUUAAGGAUCAAUGUGAUGUUGUUAAUGUCAUAAUUGCAAAACUAGCCAAUGAAAAAACCGACUGCCAAAUCUAUGGCCUUCACACACAAUAAAACUGUGGUGUUUUGAUGCUUUUUUAUCACUCUAUAUAUAGGGUUUUUCUAUACUGUGUACUGUAUAUACCGAGUAGGUUUGAUGUUGUUGUCAUUUGUAUCUAGAGCGACAUCUAGUGGUGUCUUACCAGUAAAUGCAUUUAAUUGAAUUUAGUGGCGUCCAGGCUCAAAAUGUACCGAUUUUGACAUAUCGUAACGUAUAAGAGCUUGUAUUUUUACCAAAACAAUGGUUCAUGUACUUUUAUAGCUUGUAGCAAUACCGAUUUUUCCCAAUGUAUAUCUUUUUGUAUGAUAAAUGUAAUAAAACAAGUAUUCAAGA